GCUUGAAACCAUGCAUGACUGCGCUGGCAGGGGCAAUGCGUCGUGCAGCACGUCACACCUCUACAUCCACUAAAUCUGAUACCCUAGGGCCUAUACCAUCCUCUAAGUAAUACCACGACACUAUUAUCAUGAACGCGAGACGAGCUCCUCCGCCAGGAGCGCCUCCGCCUUAUGCAUUCGUAAAUCGCGUCUAUGGCAGAAGUCUGCGUCCCGUUGUUCUUGCGUUUUCGGUAAUGGGGACCAUAUGGGCUUUGGCAUGGAUUACAUCUUUCAAAGAACUACAAGUCGAUCAGAAUGGCGCUUAUCAUAAACUUGCUCCACUGGCUAUAGUCCAAGGCGUCCUCUAUUCCGUCGCACUCGGGAUCGAGCUAUUCGGCAUUUACAGCUUGUUGACUCAACGUGCGUGGAUGGUUAGGAUGUAUGCGUUUUUAACCUGUAUUGCGGGUCUUCUUGUUGUUGGCGUCGGCUUGAUGCGCUGUGUCACUCAUUUCACUUACAAGGGUGAGCUCAUAAAUGAAUGUAUAAAUGUUUCGAUGGAUGGAAAUGUGGACACUGCAUUCGGAAUAUGGGGCUCUGACCCAGGGCCGAUGGACCUUGCUGACGCUACGUCUUAUUGCAAUGAUGAGUGGAACCAUGACUCGUGGAGCGAGAUCGUGGCUACCGUAUUCGAAAUCAUUCUUUGCCUAUUGUUCACAUCUGCCGCCUUUGCUUAUUACCGUCAAGUGGUUGAUCCUAUGAGCCCUGCGAAUGCCUCGAGGGCACCCUCGAACCAGGCGAGACUGGACCUUUUCCCGGCACACUACAACCGACCUUAUGAUCCUGAAUACCAACCAGCCUAUGCUCCACCGCUUGGGCCGCCACCUUCAGACGCUAAACCUCCUGACUACUCUUACGAGGGCGGAGAGUAUUUGGGACAUGGCUUUGAGAAGGAUGACAAGAAAGAAGACGAUCCUUUUGCAGACUAUGAAGGACCUAGUGUUCCCCGACCACUACACUUUGCCGAGGACCGAGGAUAGGGAUAUGAGAGUGUUGGAUGGAUCUGUUUAUGGAACAUUCUUCUGAUAUCUUACAAUAUAAGGUUAUAUGUUCUGGUCUCGAUGCAUUCUCCUAUGUAACACCACUUGAAGGACAU